GCCUUGGGAACUGACCAGAGGAGCGUUCGGCAUUGACUCAGAUGGUGAGCUGUUUACCGUCGAUAAAAGCGGUGAAAGGUGGACGUUGUACCCUGCUUCAUUGACCGAAGUUAAAGUUCAAAGUGACGUUAAGACCACGGCUAACGCAUUUACUGAUGAUGUUCAUGGCACUUCAUGUUCGCCUCGAUUUGCUGCUGGCGACUUGGUGCUGAUCAUGGAGAAGACCCGCGGUAAAAUUCGAUGUAUGCUGGACGUGAAGGAUAGUGGUAAUCGCCUGAACCACUUAAUAAACGGUGAAAAUUGGAUGAUCUCGCCCAAAGCUGAUGUUACAUUGUUGACGGGAGAGCAUUUCAUGAGCCUGUUGAAGACACACUUCGAGACGUACGAGCCUUCAGAUGAGAAUGACAAGCUUGUACAGGCUGUAAUGAAGGACGAUGUCAAAAAUGUCUACGCGAUCAUCCACCAGGCUUACUGCGAUUUCUACAAUGAAGAAAUAAUUUGUGAAUACGGACUAACCACGGCAAUCGCUGAUUCACAAGACAAGGUGUAUGAAGAACGUUAUUUGAAUCCACAUCACGACCUUUUCGUCUUAGUGGAGAAUUCAACGUUUAUGAAAUUUGGUGGAGAAAUAAAGUUUCGAGCUAAUCUAGAAAAACGAAUUUCGUCCGAAAUGAUCCGAUCUAGGAUGCAAGAUACAACCAAACAUGGCAAGUCAAUCCAACAAGUCAACGUCGUUAAUCUCGUUUUCAACGGUAACCACCACACACUUGAAACUGUUACACAUGCAAUGAAUUUUGGUACAGUAUCCGUGGUAGUAAAAGGAUCAAAAGGUGUGGCGGAGAAAAUAGCAUAUGAGGUCGAAAGCACGACUGAUAUCCAAAAACGACACGACAAGGAUUAUGAGGAUAGGAUGAAAGCAUUCCAAGCAACUCUCCAUAGACAGCCAUACCUUUUAUGGGUUUGGGAUUUGCAAAACAUGCCUGACAAACCUCAUGAAAGGAUUCUUGACAUAUUUUGGAAAGCAAAGUGGAUUGAAAACCAUCUUGCGUCAGCUCUCAAGCGCGACCUAUCUGUCGUUUACAACUUACUGGCGUCUACAGAUUGCAGUUCUCGCAAUACGGAUGACCUCGUGUGUUACUUUUGUAUUCACGAUUAUAUCGAACCUGUUAGAACCUUAGUUCAGCAUCUUGGCUCGAUGGAUUCAGAUAAGAUAGACGUUUUGCAAUACAAGAAAAUGUGCAAUAAAGCUGAUACAGAUGGAUUGCUGAAAGGUUUACGGCGAAAGUUCAUGGUUCCUCCCGCAAACAAGGACCUGGUAACGAUUAUGGAGGUUAUACAGAUACUGAAGGCGCGUCCAGUUCGAGGCACUAUAGAUGGUAAUAUGAUUUGUGAUGCUUAAUCUUUAUUUAACAGUUAAAUGUAUAUGCUACAGUAACAUUUGGCACUAUUAAUAUAAUAUAAGACAGGUAAAACAUGAUAUCAUGGGAUUUAUUGAUAAUCAUUACACAAAAGUAUAGUUAAUAACAUGUGUUUAACAAGUAUCAUGUGUUAUAUCCCGAAAAUAUAUUGUCGUGUGGCCAAUGAAACGUUUAAACAGCAUUCUCUAUUUAUACAGAUUUAUAAAACAAUGUUACCAUUACUAAUUUUACAAUUGCAAUAGCAUUAACAAAACAAACUUGGUUUUAUAAAUAUACAUACAGGAAUCAUGUUUUGUGAACAUUUUUUUAACAAAAUAUAUGUAUGCAUAUGG